UUAGCUCCAGUUCAGCUUUGGUACUGGAAGAAGUGUUCCUGAGAGGAAAGUGGGAUGUGUAGUUGGCACAUCUACACAUCUGAGCAGCAGUAUCAUUUCAGCAUAGAUGACCAUGCUGCCUGCAAUUCAAGUGUGGUUUGGAGAAGACCUGCCUCUAAGUCCACGGAGUCCUCUGACCCCCAGACAUGGGCCAGGUUUGGCUGACGUUUGUCAGUAUGAUGAGUGGAUAGCUGUGAGGCACGAAGCUACCCUGUUGCCCAUGCAGGAAGAUCUGUCGAUCUGGCUCUCUGGUUUAUUAGGUAUUGAAGUUAAGGCAGAAAGGUUAUUGGAAGAACUUGAUAAUGGAGUACUGUUAUGCCAACUGAUUGAUGUUCUUCAAAACACGGUGAAAACAUGCAACUCUGAAGAACCAGUGAAUUUUCCAAUGAGAAAAGUGCCCUGUAAGAAAGAUGCUGCAUCAGGUUCGUUCUUUGCUAGAGACAAUACUGCAAACUUCCUUCACUGGUGCAGGCACAUCGGGGUUGAUGAGACUUACCUCUUUGAAUCUGAAGGUUUAGUUUUGCACAAAGAUCCGAGACAGGUGUAUCUUUGUCUUCUUGAAAUUGGUCGAAUUGUGUCAAGCUAUGGGGUUGAGCCACCAGUAUUAGUAAAAUUUGAGAAAGAAAUUGAGCUAGAAGAGACCUUACUUAAUACUUCUGGGGCUGAAGAUUCCAUCAGCAUUCCAAAAUCAUGCUGUCAGCAUGAAGAGCUGCACGAAGCUGUUAAACACAUUGCUGAAGACCCUCCUUGUAGUUGUUCUCAUCGAUUUUCUAUUGAGUACUUAUCUGAAGGACGGUAUCGACUAGGAGAUAAAAUACUUUUUAUAAGAAUGCUUCACGGAAAACAUGUCAUGGUCCGUGUCGGUGGAGGCUGGGAUACUCUUCAAGGAUUUUUGCUUAAAUAUGACCCCUGUCGAAUAUUACAGUUUGCUACACUAGAACAGAAAAUUCUAGCAUUUCAAAAAGGAGUUUCUAAUGAAAGUGUGCCUGAUUCGUCCGCCAGAGCACCUCAGCCUCCUGAAAUGAAUCCUUUGUCAGCAGUUAGCAUGUUUCAGAAACAAAAUUCAAAACCUGGCACACCAGUUGGUAUUCCAAGGAGCAAAGAGAAGCAGGUACGUCUGCCAGGUGUGUCACCACCAGCAUCUUCCCUGAAAGGAGGCAAUCUGGCCUGUGGGUCAGUCCGUUCUAAAUUUCCAAAUUCUCCAGCAGUGUCCUCUCAUCUCAAACUCAGAUCUUCAAAGGACGUAACAAAGAAACCGCAGCCUCCUUCAAACGAUGCAUCAUCUGCAUCUGCUUCUUUAAAUCCAGUAGGUAAAAGCACUUUUUCACCAGCUUUAUUAAGAACUGCACCUUGUGUAUCUGAGUCGCUGAGAAAAUGUAUCUCAUCACCCAGUACUCCUAAGGCCAAGCUUAUUCCAGCCCAGAAGUCAAGAGAUGUGCCUGAAUCCACACUUUUGCCAAAUAAGUGUUCUGGAAAAAUUGAACCAAAGCAUUUGAAACACCACCAUGUGUCUUCCAGGGAUUAUGCAGUCUCUCACUCAGCUGCACGUUUAAAUUCAUCAUCAAAGUGUCCAAAGCCACCUAAGGCAAAUCUGCACGUAAGGCCUAACCCUUCUCCUUCUUUCCAGUCUCCUGCAAAAGUGACAACAUCCAGUUCCAAAACGAUAACCACGGGUCUGAGAACACAGUCUCAGCCACGUGUUGGAGCUCCGCAAGCGGGGGCAAUGCCAGCACAGAAACUUAAGUCAGCCUUGAAUUUAAACCAGCCACUUUCUGUAUCCUCAGUUGCUCCUGCAAAAGCUGCAGAGAAGUCGAAAGAUAAUAUGGUUUCAGUUGCCAAAAAGCAGCCUCAGAGUAAAAUCACAUCCCAGAAGACAGGACCCAGCUCCUCCAGGUCCCCGGGCCGUACCCCGCUGUCCAUUGUGAGUCUUCCCCAGUCUUCUGCCAAAGCACAACCUGAACCAAAGUCAGCACAGACUGCCACCAAGAGCCAGUGCUUAGCCAAAGGGCUUCCCAAAAGUGGCAAAGCCCCGGCUGCAACCAGGAAGCCACCCUCAUCUGGCAAGGAGGCAGUUAGUGGAGAUAAAAAACCUGCAAAGAAGAAGGAAGACAAUGAUCAUUAUUUUGUUAUGACUGGAAGUAAGAAACCUAGAAAAUAAACAUAAUGUGUCAUUCUAAGAGAAGAGAGGAAAGAAAGUGAGUGUGUUAGCUGCACACCUUAAAAGUUUCUUCUAUUUGUGUACUAUCCAAUAGUACAAUAAGAUGGGGGUAGAGGUUGGGGCGAGGAGGGGCUCAUCAGAAUUCACACACCUGAAUUCACCAGAAGGUACCCUUUUAAGGUGAACAGUGGUAAAAUCACCGGGAGAUUCUUAUUAGUUAUAGACAUUUAUAUGAUUUUCAGUCCAUGACAUCUUCGUUAAUGUCUGCCCAUUAAUGGAAAUGUAAAGUCAAAUAACACUACUAGGUUUAUAACUGUAGUUGCUGUAUUUUGAAUAUGUGUUAAAUGUGGAGGUUAUUACCUGCUAAUAGAAACAGAGGUGCUCUUAAUAUAAGUUACUGCAUUUUAGUUUAAAAGCAACGGUUUGGCACUUGUCUUACAAAAGACAUCUUAUUUUGUUUCCUGUUCAGGAUUGCCUGAUGGAACAAUACUAAGUACCAGUAGCUGCUGCUGAUUAGCUUACUGUUACUCUGGGUUUGGUAGAAUUGCUAUUAUUUAAAAUUUUUUUAAGCUUUCCAAAUCAGAAGGAACUGAUUUUUUUAACUGACUUCUAUUAACCUUGGUAAUAUUUUGUUACCAGUAUUUUUGGUAAAAAAAAUAAAAUUAAGGUAUUGAAAUAUAACUUGAAACUUGGAAAAAAUUUUUUUCACAUAUUAUUUAUAAGAACUUAUACCUUAUAUUUUAGAUGGACAUUGUGCAAUGUGAAAGGGGAAAUGAUUUAGUAGCUUUUAGCAUAUUAGAAAUAUUUUUUAAUAGUGUAAUUUUCUGUGAGUACAGAUAUCAAUUUUUACAUUAAAAUAAUGUUUAACAUCAGAAUUAUGUUUUAACAAUCUUA